UGACGACGCACUCAGCCUAGUGAACAAUGUCGCUUACUUCUGCUUUUCCAGAUGUCCCUGGGCUUCAGCAGGCUUACUGGAAACAACAGCAACGCAUCAAGAAUGACGAACUGAUGGAGACUAGAAACCAGACUAUCAAGGAAACAAAUGCAACAAAUCUUGCGGCAAAAUGGAGAGAAACGCUUGACGAGACUGCAGCUCAUCGAAGGCUAAAAAGACAAAAUAAUGAAAUGGCAGAAGAAUUCCAUUUGUCAUGCAAAGAGAUGAUGGCGGUACUGUUUGUCAACUGUCAACUGUCCAGCUUUUGUAGUAUUCUUAGCUUGAAAGCAUUUGAAUCAAAUGCAUUAGUCUUUUAUGUUGCCUUCACGAAAAUGAUGUGA